AACGGCAAAGCCCUGAAAAUCCGUUAUAGGGUUACCAUGGAUCUCUCCAUCUCGAAACAUUAGGUAAUUGGAAAAUAGAUGUGCGAGGGUUUUGAACCGAUUGUUUUCUCUCUUCUUCUUACAAUUAGGGUUUUCAAAACAGGUAUGUUGAUUUAACGGCUGAGGCUCUUGUCUUCUUUCUCCUUUCUUUGGGAGUUUGAGUUUUAAUUGACCCAACCCUAACUGGAGUAUCGGGGCCGGAAAAUGAUCGUUUUUAGGGUCUCUCUCUAUCUUUGAUAUAAUAUAUUGUAUUUUUUGCGAUCUGUAAAUAUGCGAGGACCGCUCAAGACAAAAAGGGUUACUUGGGCCUCAGACGUUAACCUCUGUCAGAUAAGGCUAUUUCUGUCGGAGGAUUCACCGUCCCAAGUUGGGUCGGGUGGUCAAGAUCACCUCCAACCAAAAACCUCUUUGGUAUCACAUUCAAAUGGGGCAGCUGGGGAUGACUUUCUGCCUCCUGGAUUUGAAGGAGCUCAUUCUACAAAUGAUCUGCAGAUUAACUUGUUGGAGAUUCCUGUCAUUAAAUGGAGAUGUCCUCUCAGAUUUGUUUUGGACAUGAAUUGGCAAGUUGUUGCCGGAGAGGAAAGUAAAGAGGUGGAGAUUCAAAAUCAGAGAGAAGUGAGAGUGCUUGAAGCUGUUUAUCCACGCCCAUCUGCAAUUCCUACAAAUUCUGUUUCAGCAGACAUAGGAAAUUGCCACUAUAACGAUCUGCUAACUCCUCAAAUACCCGUCACUCCUAUCGAAGAUGAGGAUGCAGCAAUGGAAACACUACUUAAUUCACAGCCCCAUAUGUUGCCUCCUGGUAUUUUACAUACUCUUCAUUGCAGUAUACCCAGUGUUUCAAGUUCUUCAGCUGAUGAAAAACCAGUUGCUGGAACGGUUGUUAAUAUUGAACCUGGUGUAGCAGCUGCUGCCUUUGCAGCGAUUAACCAAAGCAAUGAACCCGGAAACAUGAUUGAUCCUGACUUGCUUGUUAAGAUUCUCAGCAACCCGAGAUUGAUUGAGAAAUUAGUUACUGAUCAUGGAGCAGCUUCAGGUACUCAAAGCUUAACUGAAUUGCCAUCCCCUUUGGUACCGUCUCCCGACCCACCCCCACCUGUAGUAAAUCACUCCAAUCCAUUUCCUGCCCACAUCAAUAGAACAGAAAAUGGUAUUGCACCCUUAUCAGCUACACCUGGUGGAGCAUUUUAUCCUCAGCCAAAUGGGGUUGGAGUUGGACCCUCAAGUAAACAAAGUCCCAUUCCCAGUGUCCAUCCAGUUACAGCUUCACCUGCUAUUGGACCUCCCCAGAAGAAGGAUGUAAACUAUUACAAAAACUUGAUUCUGCAGCAUGGAGGAGAAAGACAAGAACCAGCCAAGUUCAACAGCCGGUACAACCAGCACGUAAGACCGAACCAAGAACUAAUAAACAAUACCAAACCGAGAGAUUCAAGGCCAAAGGUAAUGAAGCCUUGCAUGUACUUCAACAGUGCCAGGGGAUGCCGGAACGGAGCCAAUUGCGCGUAUCAGCAUGAUAUGUCAUCCCAAGAGAACAGUGGCAGUAAUGUUCCAGAGGCACCGAAUGCAAAGAGAAUGAAAAUGGAUGGAGAAAUAAGCAGUUAGAAUAUGGUAGAGCAAGAAUGCUUUUUUCACAUGCAAAAAGCAUACUGCAGUUCUUCUCUGGCUUUUUUUAGCAUAUAUUCUUCCUUCACGGCAUGCUUAGCUUCUUUUUGCAAAUAGUAUAAUUCUAGUACUCACUUUUUGUCUGUUCUUCCUUUGCAUCGAGCAUUAAGAUUCGAUGGUUAUCACAAUCAAUUGCGGAUAUUCAUACUUAAA